CUGAAAAUAGAUUUAUUACAUCAACUCCAGUUUUGGGCAGUGGACCGCGUAACGCACACACGUUAGAACCAAGUAAUUGCUCUAGUAUUGUCGAACUAGAAACUGAUCAAAUGGAGUUUCAUAGAUCAGCGAACGAAAUAAGAAAAAGCUACGAAAUAGAUAACAAUUUGAUUAGUCAGUUCGAUUGUAUACGUAUCCCGAAAGCCCCAGUGCAGCUAUCCCCUGAAGUCAUGAAGAAAUAUGAACGCAUCUACAAUAGACAUCCAAUAAAUCAAAGAAAAAGUUUACGAAUCUAACCAGUCCCAUUUCUAGUGUAAUAAUGAAUCUCGAUAGGAUUAGGAAGUCUAAAAGAAAAAAAUGCUAAAAAUAAAUGAAGCUUAGCACUGUUAACGAAUAAAUGAAUGAUUAAACUUAUUAUUAUUUCCUCAUCUUGUGUUAUCGUGAGCGAAUGUGUGAAGCAGCUGGGUUGUUAUUUGGGUCCCUGGUUGCCUUGGCAGUGCACGGACAGAAUCUUCCAAAUGAAAUUGUCACUUGGGCAGGUUCGGUCGAUGCGGUCGAAGUGGGUUGUUUUCGUGGAGGGAUUUUUGUUUGAAUUGAAAUUGUUAGCAAAAGUUUAUUUGUGAUAAACGUGAACGGCACAAAACAUGUAUACGGUAUCAAAGGGACCUAGUAAAUUGGUGGCAAAAACAAGACGAGGAAUACCACAAAACUACGAAAAAUAUGAAUUGUUUCGCGAUUUGGGCCGAAAGGAAUGUGAUAUAGCGAGUGAAUUCAGUGUACCUCGACCUGUAUUCCAAGCGUCCACAAAAUCUGCUGCAGUGCAAUAUCUGAAAGCGCAACAGCAACAACAACAGCAAUCGUAUGAACAGAAAGCCAGCCCGCAGCACGAAGAGCUCAUCAAAUACAUCAAUGACUCAUGGAAUAUGGUAGUCGCUGCUAAUCCUUACGAUGUACCUGGAUCGCCUGACAGUACGGGAUCGCAUUGUUCGUUAUCAUCCAACAGCAGUACAUCGUCCGUAUCUUCUGCAGCAUCAAGCACAUCGACAGUGUAUUACAACGAACCACCCAAUCCGCUGCUAGUCGAUUUCAAGCCAUUCGACCUAGAAACCUGGUGGGGGAAAAGAAUAUUUAACAACAUUACUAAAAGUCUGUAAAUUACCUCCUCCGCUUACCUACCCCGUUGUAUUUUAAGCGUUUAAACGAAUACCAAACUCUAGUGAUCAGUGACUGUCCCAUGGCGCAAAGCCGUCGUUUACUCGAGGAUUUAGAAAGACGUUUGCGAUAGGGGCGGCGUGCUCCGCAAUGAGGCAUACGACACAUGUGGUUGCUUGAGGUCGAGUAGAUCAUAUCGGGGAAAACUGCUGGAAUCAUUGUUCAUCUCCUGUGUUCUCGAUAUAUUUCUUUCUGUUGGUUUUUGUCGUUAGUUAUUUUGGCUAUAUGUUUUGUUUCGAAAAAGUUCAACCGACGCCCGGUCUAGAUCUUACUGUGUAGUUCCUAUCAAAGAAAUGUAUUCAAACGUUUUAUCAUGCAUCAUGAUCAUUUAUUAAUGUUUAACGUAGGACAUGUGGAAUCCGUUCAACCGAUUGGCUUAAGAGUGUUGUAAUUAACAAUCAAUUAGUUAACAGGAAUCGCUGGAGCAUGUUUCGAUCGGUUUCCUCAUUCAAUUGAUGUUACUGGGAAUGAUGAAGCGUUAUCGUAAUAUGCUCCUUAGAAAAACACAUCACAUAUGUCACGCAGAGCGGUAAUACCAGAUAUGUAUUCCCUCGCACAGCUCAGACUACUCUCAGCUAUCCAGGUAUGUUUAAAAAAAAUUACAUCUUGCCUCUGUUUGUUAUCUCUUUUAAGAGUGGUCUCUUUAUCCUUUUAGUCACACAUGUUUGAAAAGUGCUUUAAACGAAAGUAAGUCAACCAGAUUGGUUAUAAGUGGUAUGCUAAUCAUUAUGCCAAUGGAUAGUCUGAUAUGUGUAAUUGAGAGUAGUUUGUAAAGAAGAAAAAAAAAAAAUAGCCGAAAAAAUAGCUUGUCGUAAAGCGGUUGUACCGUUUUUUCGACAAGUGGGGGUAGUGGCAAUAGAUUGUGGCGUAACGCAUAUACGACGCUGCAAGCAAUUGUUUUGUUUAAUCCAACUGCGGAAACUAUGAAAAUAUAGCGUCACAUUAUUUGAUAUAA